AUGAGCGAUAGUGAGGAGUAUAUUGAACAAUCAGCCACACCAACAUAUGGCCAAAAUAAAACGAAUACAGUAGCUAUUAUGGCCGUCAGGUAUUUAUUAUCGUCAGCUGAAUCGCAAAAUACUAUAAUCACUCAGAGCAAAUUGAAGACUGUUCUACGAGAUAUUUAUUCCCAACAGAAAAUCUCGAAUAUUCCUUUUAAUAAAGUUUUUGCUGAGAUCAAUAAUAUAUUGGGUGAUGUGUAUGGAUAUGAACUGAAAGGUUUGCCAUCUAAGAUUGUUAAUAACAAUGUUACGAACAGUAAUAACAAUUCCAACAAGAAUCCAGGGAACAGAACUAAGGAAGUUGAAGAAGCAUUGGGCUACAGAGCAACAUGCUAUAUUCUUGUCAACAAGAUGCCAUAUUUGAAGAAUUUCGACGAAUUUAAAUUGUUACAAAGUAUAAGGACAUAUGAAGAUUUAGUAGUUGACGGUCAGUAUGUUGGUGAUGAUGUUGGUUUAGAGAAUUUGAACACUUUGGAAAAUAAAUUGAGUGUGGAUCAAGAUUUAGUAUUCAAAGGUCUCUUGAGUGUCAUAUUGUGUAUUGUUUUAUUUUCCAAGAAUAAUAUUCUUCAUCAAGAAUUACUAUCUGCAUUAGAAAAAUUUGGGGUACCAACAGAUGGUACCAAAAUACCGAUUUUGAAAUGGAGUAUUGAUGACUUAAUGAAAAACUUGGAGAAGAAGGAAUACCUUGUCAAAUUGGAGGAGAAAUCUGAUAUCGAAGGCAGUCUCAUUUUAUAUCGUAUAGGGAGAAGAACGCAGGCAGAGUUUGGUUUGGAUUCUUUACUGAUGUUAGUACAAGAAAUAAUGAAUUUAGAUGGACCAGAGGCAGAAGGUUUAAAAGAAGAUAUUCAAAAAAGUAUAGGAGACGCAUAUGGUCCAGCUGUGCAUGUCUAA